AUGUCUUCGUUGAGACCGGAACAACAAGUAGUCCAACAUUUCACCCAUAUCCAUCCAUUAACAAAGGUUGAAGGGUUGGGCGAGUUCAUAUGCAAUGGCUGCAAAACCUACGGCUGCGGGGAGGCCUACCGUUGCGCCCCUUGCAACUACGAUCUUCAUGAGUACUGUGCCACGUGUCCCCCUAGCCUCCUCAGCUUUAUGCAUCCAGAGCACGAGCUCCGAUUAGUCUUUAAAGGACCAGAGCAGACGCAACAAAACAGACGUAUGUGCGACAUAUGCGACGAAUUAGCCGAGGGGCUCUAUUACCAGUGCGAGGCUUGCGGCCUCGACGUGCAUCCACUUUGCUCACAGCUACCACAGAAAGUGAGCCACGUGCCUCACCCCGCUCAUCCCUUAGAGCUGAGUCAUGCGGGAGCAAGCAACAUGUGCAUGCAAGUGGCAUUCAGGAAAGGAGUUUCGGGCCACAACCGUAUUUUCAGCCUCCUCACUAUCACCAACUGCAACCGCAACUAA